GCUUUUAGUUCACAACUACAGCACUGCACAGAUUGUUAAAUAUAUUUUGCCUUUUUCACCGUACGUCAUAGAAAAGUUCUUCAAACGAGUUACCCAGUAAGUCGGUGCAACACCAUAGCUUACCAACAGAAGUGAUUAGUUUUAUUACACAAUGAUUGAUAAUUGCAAACAACCACUUUCAACAAUAUUGCGCAAUAUUAUGGACAAAGACUUUUGCUCCUUCAGAACAACGCGAGACUCCAUCAACGCAUUCCAAUAUUCGAACAGAAAUCCCUAAUCCAACGUAAUUCCAAUCCGUGGGAUGAAAAACCGCAAUGUUAAUCACCUCCCCCAAGAUUACGGUAUUCCCCGCAGUGUGUGCAAUUAAAUUCAAAUCUCUCCCCCGGCAAAGCUGAAUGCUUGUAGUGCGCGCGCGGUGUUCAUACACGGGUGGCAUUUAUCCAGCAGCUCUCGCGCAGUUCAUCCACCGCGGUGCAUCGCCGACCGGCAGCUUGCAGUCGCUGCAUUCGAUCGCUCGGUUCAGUGUCAUCCCAACCAACUAGCAGACGAGCCGCGACCGGCAGAAGGUCAGUAGUAAUAAAUGAUGAACGUGAGCUCAUUUCGCCGCAUCGGCUACAUCUACGCCGUGUUUUGCUUCAUCUGUUCGGUGAUGGGGGCAAUCUAUUUCUUCAAGAAAAUACUCGAACCCAAAACUUUGUGCGUUCAAUACUUCUGUGAAAGUGGAUUCGAGCACCUGUUGAUAUCGUUGAGCAGCAUGAUCAUGUGCCUCCUAUCGGCCACGUUUGCCAUAUUUGUGAAAUUGGGGAUCGAAGAGGGUGAACCCGGUUACAUUAAUAUUAGUCGAUCGUUCAUGCUGGUGCGCAGUUUGCUUCUAACGAUUCGCUGGACCUACGAGAGUGUCGCACUGGCGAUCGCGGAAAUAACCCAAGAGGUAUCUCCAGCGGUAGAAGAAUUUCGCACCAUCGCCACCAUUCUUUUGCUUAUGACAACAGCAUUCUCCGGUGUGGAGCUGUGGAUUUUAGAUGGAGUUCAAAAAUAUUCGCUGCAAAGGCUGCAUUAGGACACGAAUCACCGAACCGGUUGACAACCAGCAAUGUUGCCAUGUUAAGCCUAUAAUAGCACACCAAUUAAGACUGAUUUACAUUCCUCGGAACAACCCACGAAGGUGAUUUCCAUUAAUAGACAAUACAAGUGAAUUAACUUAGAAGGCACUUUCGGAAUGUGAUUUCAAUGGUUGUGAUCCCUAAGUGAAACAUUUUUGUUCAUUUUCCCAUUCACUCAUAACUUGGCUGAGCUUUAAAUGAUUACAUCUCAUAUCAAUAGAUAAACCAUAUUUAACAAAAAUGCUAGUAUGGAUUUGUAGUAUAUAAAUUAGACUGUUGAUUGUGCUAAAUUUGUGAGAUUUAAACUUGAUUUAAUGUUAGUGCGUUGUUAUUGUAUGCAAAUUGUGUUAUUGAAAAAAAUAUGCAAUUGCAAUAAAAAAUUAUUCUUCCGA